AGGUCACUCUACCGUCGCUCGUUGAAGCUGUCACUUGACUGGGCUGUUCACAGAUAUCUAUGGCGGGGUCAGGCCUUGUACAUUCGUUCGCUAUUCGAAAACAACAAACACAUUACUGAGCCGAGACAACAGAAGGCAGGUUUGCUUGAAAAAUGGAAGCAUCCUGACCCAUACAGGCCCCCAACAGCACCAGGAGGUUCUAAAUACGAGAGGAAUAUACCAGCACCAAUACUC